AUGGGUCCAAGCAAAAAAGUGGCCGCGGCCGAAUGUAUCUCGGACGAAGCCCUCAUUCACCUUAAAUCGUACAAAUACUCUGCCGUCGACAAGUCGCCUGUCUCAAACUACAUUUUGCGACCUUACUGGAAUGCAUUUGUUGAGCUCCUUCCGCUAUGGCUUGCGCCCAACAUGGUCACCCUCAUCGGGUUCUUCUUCAUCUUGGGAAACAUUGGAUUGCUUGUUCUGGUCAUGCCAGAUCUAGUGGGACCUGGCCCAUCAUGGCUAUACCUGAGCUUUGCCUUCGGACUUUUCAUGUACCAGACCAUGGACAACAUCGACGGAAAACAGGCCCGCCGAACCGGUACCUCUAGUGGUCUCGGUGAACUCUUCGACCACGGAAUCGACUCGCUCAACUGCACCCUUGCCAGUCUGCUCGAGACGGCGGCCAUGGCACUUGGCACUUCAAAGUCGGGUGUAUUCACUGCGCUGUGCCCUUGCCUCCCCAUGUUCUUCUCGACGUGGGAGACAUACCACACGCAUACUCUAUAUCUCGGCUACUUCAACGGGCCAACGGAAGGCCUCCUCAUUGCUUGCCUUGUCAUGGCGCUCUCCGGCAUCUACGGGCCCGGUACCUGGACCGAGCCGAUUGUGAAUCUUGUUGGGCCAAAGAACCUCUUUGGCUACGACCACUUGAUCGGCGAGCACUCCAUUCGUGAUAUCUGGAUCUUGAUCAUUGUUGGAUCCCUUGUGGUUGGUCAUGUGCCGUUUUGCGUGUACAAUGUCGUAAAGGCUCGCAGGAGAAACAAGCUGCCCGUAUUGCCAGUUUUCCUCGAAUGGACACCCAUGGCCGUGUACACCCUCUCCAUUGGCGCCUGGCUGUACUCGCCGUACACGACCUUGAGGACCGAGAACCACCUUGUUCUCUUCUGUUUGACCAUGUCUUUCGUCUUUGGACGCAUGACAACCAAGAUGAUCCUCGCGCAUCUGACAAGACAGCCCUUCCCGUACUGGACAGUCAUGCUCGUGCCUCUUGUCGGUGGUGCCAUUCUGGCAAACCUGCCGCGGAUCGGUUUUGAGCCGUUGUCGGCCAAGAACGAACUCAUCUAUCUAUAUGGUUACUUUGUCUUUGCGGCAAUCGUCUAUUUCCGCUGGGCUUUCUUGGUGACCACGAGCAUUUGCAACUUCCUUGGCAUCAACGCUCUGACAAUUCCUUAUGAGAAGCAACUGGAGAACAAGAAGAAGCUUCAGCAGGCCAAUGGUGUCGCCAAUGGCACUGCCAAUGGGAAGAAGGAGCUCUAA